AUGCCGAGAGCCAGCCAGACAAGAAGGGGCCAACAUUACGACCAGGUCCUGCGGGCGGUUAGGGCUCCAGAGACUUGGACCGCAGCGCCGCAUGCUGGUGUCAUCAUCGACAGGAACCUCCAAGGUCACCCCGGCCACGCCGAAUGGGUCCGACUCGCCAUCUACGCGGGUCUGCGCCAGCAAGCGUCGACGGAGGCGGUGCGCGUCAUUCCCGCGGCGGCGGUGGUGGUGAUCUUGAUCCAGCCUUCGUCUGGGCGUAUGGGGCGGCUAGGGCAAGGCUUGGUCCACACAGAGUCCUCCUUCGCCAUGGGCCCAGGAUCAGGUCACCCUUCCCAGGACCCUCAGACCUACUGGUUGCCUUCUUCUCCUAUGAAGGACUUAUUUAGAUCUAGGCAGCCUUCUAUGGUCAUUGUUAUCUCGUUCGUUUUCCAGCAGCAGUUCCAGGCCAGUGAGGCUCUUGAGGGGACGAUCGAAAAGGGUAAGGAUCCCGUGAUUGGUACCAGGAGGAUUUGGAGGACUGUUCCGCCAAAAGGCCUUUGUCAGAUUUGCAAGCAGAUAUUUGACUCUCCUCCUUUCACAACCCGAAAGGAGAGGAAGCACCAUCAAACUCUUGCUGAGCUUCAGCGUUCUGUUGGCAGCCAGUGCUUCAUCUGCAGUGCCUUAUGGGACAACAUACUAAGCUGCCGCCCACCUGGCGAGGCAGAGAAUCGUGCCAGUUCGAAUGACGAAGAUCAAACACAGUACCCAGUAUUAGAGUACACGAUGGAGAAGGUCCGCCAGUCGCCGGAGUUGCUGCAGUUAAAUGGUCAUACCACUUCAGUGCACUCCCCGUUCAGUAUGAGCGUGGCUCAGGGAUGGCUCAAGAACUGCCUGGAUCGUCAUGAGCGGUGUCGGGCGGUUCUUUCGGGGUCGACCAGGAGACAAACCCCCACUCGAUUGUUGGAGGUUGAUCAACCAAGCUUCGCCGAAACCCGCCUGGUAGAAACCACAGCGGCACUGGGAACUGACGUAAAAUACGUGACCCUGAGCCAUUGCUGGGGCCAGUCACGCGGGUUGGGGCUCAUAUCAGGGUCAAAACAGCGCCUCCAAACCGGUGUUCCAAUUUCUGACCCGGGUCCAACUUUUCGACAUGCGGUCGAAGUCGCUCGCUCAGUAGGCGUGCUGUACAUCUGGAUAGACGCUUUAUGUGUCAUCCAAGAUUCGAAAGAGGACUGGCUGCGCGAGGCACCCCGCAUGAUGGAAGUUUACGGCGCCGCUCUUUUCAACAUCGCGGCAACCUCGGCAGCUGACACCGACGCCGGAUGUUACCCUCGAAACGACCCGCGCUCAGUUAAACCUUUCGUCGUUACGCUUCAAGGGACGGAUUUUCCUGAUGCCCGGUAUAUUCUCUACGACCGCCAGUAUCGACGAGCUGCCUUCAAAAAUAUGCCGCUAUUAAGGCGGGGUUGGGUCGUGCAGGAGCUCUUGCUGGGUCCUCGAGUACUACAUUUCUGCGCGACAGAGAUGUUUUGGGAGUGUUCCGAGUUGAUCGCGUCCGAAACAUACCAGUCAGGCUUGCCACUGAGCAUGGACGACCCCUGGAUACCGAGAGAGUUUGCUUGGAAGGCUUUCAGGAGCUUGCCUGGUCGCUCAGAUGAUGCGUCUCACCAAGCUUUCGAAGUCAAUUACUGCGCAGGGCUCUGGAAUCAGGACCUCGAAGACCAACUGAUCUGGACCGGCCGCACUUCGGAACGACGAUAUCCACCACCCACAUACCGGGCACCAACAUGGUCCUGGGCUAGUGUGGACGGCGGCAUUGGAUUAAGUGAGUUUCGAAAGGAAGGCAGCAGGUGGAAGCGGGUCGUCGUCAUCCGGGACUGUCACAUCGAGACACAGACAGAAGACAACACGGUUGACAUCCUCAAUGGUUUCCUCCGUCUGUCAGGUUGGCUAAUAACGAUGCGGAUGCGCAAGGAGCCUGGACGAGAGGAUCACUGGGAAGUUUUUGUCAAUGGCGCCUGGCAGAAAAACAGACCCCCGUGGGUUAUUCUUGACGGCGAAAUUCCGACAGAUCAAGUUCAUGCCCUACCCGUCGUGGUAGACACUCAGGACAAUCAGCCCGCCACCAUUGUGUUCCUCUUACUGCACACUACCGGAAACGCGGAGGGUCGGUUCUACAGAAUAGGAGUGAUGUAUGGGUCCUUGGAAAACUUGGGAAUCACUGGUUAA